UUCCUCUAUUCCUGGACUUAUUUCUUCUAUAACCGGCACACGUUGCUUCCUCUACCUCCUAUACCCGGGAUGGAGAAGCAGUCAGAGAGCGCUUCUUGUACCGGCUUACUGGGGGAAAAAGAGAAGCCCAAGAUCCAAGGCGAGAGGCAACGAGGGAAACAUAAACUGUCUGUGUGCAGUAAGAUAUGUUACGCCAUUGGUGGAGCUCCAUAUCAGAUCACCGGAUGUGCCCUAGGAUUCUUCCUGCAGAUGUACCUCCUUGAUGUAGUACAGAUGCCCGCGAUUAAUGCUUCAAUUAUCCUUUUCACCGGAAGGGUAUGGGACGCUAUCACAGACCCUUUGGUUGGGUUUUUUGUCAGCAAGAGCUCAUGGACGCCACUUGGCCGACUGUUGCCAUGGAUAAUCCUGUCCACACCCUUUGGUGUCAUCUGUUACUUCCUCAUCUGGUUUGUGCCUGAAUUUAUCAAUGGGCAAACUGUGUGGUACCUAACCUUCUACUGCCUUUUCCAGACCCUUGUGACGUGUUACCAUGUCCCUUAUUCAGCUCUUACAAUGUUCAUCAGCAAAGAGCAAAGUGACCGGGACUCUGCCACAGGAUACCGUAUGACUGUGGAGGUCCUGGGCACUGUACUUGGUACGGCAAUUCAAGGACAAAUUGUGGGUAACGUGGAUACCUGUAAGCCUGUCUUCUUCCAGAUGCCAUCUAACAAUACUUCUGUGCCUCCAGAAGACUCCGGUUCUCUUGGCAGCACAAGAGAGGCCUACAUGAUCGCAGCAGGUGUCAUAGGUGCCAUCUAUAUACUAUGUGCUGUCAUACUGUCACUUGGUGUGCGGGAAAAGAGAGAUUCCUGUGAACUUCUCUCUGAACAGUCAGUGUCCUUCUGGCAGGGCCUGAAACUUGUUAUGAGCCACAGACCAUACAUUAGACUGAUCGCUGGCUUCCUUUUUACGUCACUAGCCUUCAUGCUUCUGGAAGGAAACUUUGCCCUUUUUUUGAAGUACACACUUCAGCUGCGCAACGACUAUCCGAAUAUCCUGUUGGUUAUAAUGAUUUCUGCUACACUGACGGUUCCCUUUUGGCAGUGGUUCUUAACCCGCUUUGGGAAGAAAACUGCAGUCUAUUUUGGGAUAUCGUCCGUUAUCCCUUUCCUGGUUGUCGCUUGCGUUGUAAAAAUCAACCACAUUGUGACUUACGUAGUUGCAGUAGCUGCUGGACUCAGUGUGGCUGCAGCCUACCUUCUACCAUGGUCUAUGCUUCCUGAUGUUAUUGAUGACUUUAUUCUGAAUAACCCAGAGUCUCCUGGACAUGAAGCCAUUUUCUUCUCUUUUUAUGUUUUCUUCACCAAAUUUGCCUCAGGGGUGUCGCUGGGAAUAUCCACUCUCAGCUUGGAUUUUGCAGGCUAUCAGGCCCUUUCGUGUGAUCAACCGGAGGCGGUGAAUUUAACACUGAAGUUGUUGGUCUGUGCUGCUCCUAUACUUUUGAUUUGUGUUGGACUGUUACUGUUUAAAUUGUAUCCUAUUGAUGAAGAAAAGAGGAAAGAAAACAAGAAGGCUCUUCAACUUCUCAGAGAAACAGACCGGGACUCAGAUUCUGACUCCAUGGAGCUUGCAAGCAAUUUAUGACACCGGCAAAGUGCCUUCCUAAGUUUACACAAAACUGUAGAGACAUUCAGUUUACCCCAUUGGGGGUAGGUACCAGCCAAUGAAUGACUUGUAUGCACUACGCUCUAAAUUUCCCUCUGGGGACAAGUGCCACCCCUUGGUGCUAUCUGUGCUUGGAACACACUGAAUGCUGCAAUCCUACUGAACGUUGCACUAACAUAGGGCAAAUAGAAUAAUUUAACUGUAAAUUUUCUGAAUCGGUUUUUUGUACAUAAAAACUUCAUUCCAAAUGUUUAAGGAAUGGAGAAGGUAAUUAUUUGUUGUUAAAUACUGUACAUGUGA